UCGGGCGUAAAGUUGUAUAGACUGGAAGGCUAAUCACCUACAACAACUAAGACAUCGCCAAAGGCAGAGUUUGACAACUUUUGUUUUAUUAUUACUAAGAAAUGGCAGGCUAAAAAGUAUUCGAUUCGACCAACUGGGAUUUUUCUGAAGCAAGACAGACAAAAGAGGCUUAGUUAUUUUGGAGUCAUCAACAGAUGCAUCAAUGGAUGAACAAGAAACUCUGCCAUCCGAUGAAUAUCCUCCUGUUUUUGAGGAAGAAUGUUCUUCGGUAGCUAGUCAGGAUCGGCCAGUGCGAUCACGUCUUCAAGAAUCCAUGGACAGUGGCUACGAGGCUUCACCGGCCAGUAAUAGCUGUCAGGAAAUAUUCAAUUUCACAAUGGAUGAUUCUACAGAGGCGUAUCUUCCUGAUAACCGUCCGUGUCAGGCUGUUGUGGGUGACCAGUGGUCAGAUAUUGGUAACCAUGGAGACUCUAUUUCCCAUGAACUUGGUCUUUGUGGACAAGAUAGCCAAACUUGUGUUUGUGGUUAUGGGAAAGAUCAAACUAAUUUUUCCUUGUUUUCCUGUAGUUCCCAUGUUAUCAGCAGAGAGAACACUGAGGACCAGGAGUCUCCUAAUUCCUUAAGUCAUUCUGUUCCGAUCGUUGUGCGUCGAAAUACUUCUGGAAGUGAUCCAACCAGGGACAUUCUCUGGUCAUCUGAAAUAGUCAUACGACCUGGUUCCUAUCCACGUGAUCGUCUUCAGUUACUUCCUGAUUUUGGUCCGCCUGUAUCAUCUCCUCGUCUCCUUCAGUCCGAGAAUCACCAAACCCAUUUCGUCCACAAUCGAUAUGAUUGGACUGUCGGUGAAGGUCCGAAUCCUCAAAGUGGAAACCAAACUAUUUCGGUUGCAACUCAAACAAAUUUUGAGAUUCUACCUUAUGAUGAUCACUUAUUUGGAUCUGCUGGAACUUCGAAUGAUGAUCCAGUUUCUCCAAAUCAAGAUAGUCAUUCGUCACUAUUGCCUCACAGUACCUCCUCUAACCGACCUCUCCCAGAUGUAGUUCAGACACCAUCAUCUCGUUUUGCGGUACGUCACCGGACCCACUCUGUAAACUUACCUUUAAACCAGUGGAUACAGGAAACGGGAUUAGUACUGCGGGAAAUUAGCACAGAUUUUGAACAAAACUUGCACCAGGAAGUGUCUGAGAGAGGUGGAAUGAUUCGCUAUUGGUUAAACCGUAUCGUCUCUUGGUUACUAAGCAACCAAGGAUCACAUGCAGUUAGACGUCGACGUCGGUAUUAUUCCACCGGUGACGAGUUUCAUCUGGGCAUGUGACCUUUGACUACUUCUAAAUUGACAGUACAUCUUCGGACAGUGAGAAAAACCUUGAGAGACAUCGUUAGCUCCUUAUAAAAGUUUUGUUGACGGCUCAAAGAUUCGUUGCUCAAGUUCUGUUAGAUUAUACGAUUUUUCUGCAAACCAGGCGUUUCAUAGAAAACAGUGUGACCAAAAGUUAAAACUUUAAAUAUCAAAGUAGUUUUUGAAACACACUCGGCUGGUGCUGUUCAUCAUGUAAAAGUUGUGACGCGUUUCAUACGAGCAAUCAUCCGUUCGUAACUCAUUCAGUUUUGCCAAAGAUAUAUUGUUCAUUAUUCGUCUGACAAGCGCAUCGUUUUCUCAAGUAACAAUGUGUGAUAUUAGACAACAAAGGAGUUGUGAGACUUUCGUAACGUGCAUGAUUGGAAAUUGGUUUACUGUAAAGACACGUGAUUCAGAAAACCUGAAACAGACCUAUAGGAACUUGAUUGGCAGCGACUGUUACAAUUAGAAUAAUUUAGAUAACUGUAUUUAGGAGGAACGUUUUUUUUUUCAAAUUAAGCCAAAGUACUGUAACUAAUGUAUAUAGUGUAUGACUAACACCUUUCUUGAAGUUGCCUUUUAUUGAUAAACAAAAUUCUAACAGGUUCUUGGUAAGAAUCUCGCAGAUGAUGAGUGAGAUCCAUUUUCUGUAGGACCAUUAAAAUUAAAGCUUUAUUUCUCACUAAUAGCAAUUCUAAAUUAAUUAUUUUAAAAACUAAUAAUUUCAGUUUGUUUUUUCUAAUAAAUAUAUGCACAAUAAAUAUACAUAUUUGAAGCCUGAAAUUUCUAUGUAUAUAGACCUAUUUUCUUAAAAGUGAAAGCUACUGAAAAAGUGAAACAUUUCUAUUUUUUUCAGGAAUACUAUGUAUUUGUUUUUCAGUAUUAAAAGAAACUGCAUUAAGCCUACCCUACAUACAAUCUACUUAUAUCUAGUCCUUUUAUUUUGUGUUCUUAUAUAGGGAUCAAUUGUUUAGUUUGGAAAUGUUAUUUUUGACUUUUUAUGAAGUACUUAAUUAAAGAAUGUAGUAAAACAGAGGUUCUUCAUAAAAGAAAACACCAAAUCGCUCGUUCUGACGACUUCGGCUGAGUUUUAGGGACAUUAGAGCCCGUGAUAAAUUUAAUUGGAGAAUGGGUAUAUUUUGUGCAGACAAAAAAAAAGAAAGUCGUCAGACUGAAAAUGUAAAUCACAGGAGAAAAUAUAAUUUGUAUUGAUUAAACAAAGUUAAAAUGAGUAGAAUUUGUACGAGUUAAACUGCUAACUUAGAAAAUUGGAAUAUUGUGUAAAUAUUCAAGAGGAUCGACUUUGUCUGAUAAGUUCAAAAAAAUAUCUGAAAUUCGACAAAAUUACUUUAGCAUUUAAAAUUUGAACAACAAUUGCAUUUAUCAGAAGCUUAUAAUAGAAGCCAAAGAAAUAAAAGAAAAUGUACAUGUUUUAGCUUACCAGAAAUGACUUAUUGAACUUUAGAAAAUUUUCAACAAGUUUUUGGUGAGUUACCAUGGUCAUACAAAGUUACUGUGCUCAUACAUAAAAGUAACUGCAAUAUUUAGUUGUCCCAAUAGCAAAAAAGCAGUAGUGUUUGCAAGAAAUUAUUUUUAAAUUUAUACUUAAUGGGGAUUUAGUGACAAUGUAAUGUAAAACUUAUUUUUCAAUUUAUGGAUUUUUAUACUUAAUGAUUGCAUGUAUUUUAGAAAUCAUUAGCAUUUUCGGUAUUAAUAUAGCAGCAAUACAGUAUCCAAACACUUUUUGGACCUAAUAUGAUUGUCAUGUAUAAGCUGAAUGUUUUUCUUGAAACUCGUGAAGGUGUAAUAAUGAUACAUUAGUUUCAAUUGAAACUACAGUUCGAUAUUUCUUAUUUGAUGUGUAAUCUUCUCUAUUCUGUUGCCUUCCUUAAUUAACACUUUUUAAGUUAGGAUAUGUUAUUUUAAGGCAAACUUUCUAAUGUAUAGCUUCCUUCAACAUACAUUGGCAGUAUUUUAAAUCAUCAUGUGUAUGUUUUGUUGUUAGAUUUGCCUGCUAGUCAGGAGGUACUGAGUUGAUCUCAUGUGUUGUGUGAUAUGGGAACGGAUUAGUCAAAGCACGAGUACAAUAGUUAAGAUUGAAUAUUAUACCUAUCGACCUCUUUCUAUGGAAAAUCACCUCUUGAUUCAGGUAAAAAAAAAUAGUAGAUUAAAAUUAAAAAGUUCUCGAAAUAUUGUAAAUUAUUUGUACUGAUAUCAAACUUUAACAUAUUGUAUAUUUUCAGUUUCAUACUUAUUCUGUAGGAGGUGAUGUGAAUCUGUAAAAUAGUGAAAGAGAAAUUUAAAUUGGUUCAGUAUGUUUAUUUCAUAGCCUUAUCAACAUCAAUCAUUUCUGUGAAAGUACUAGUAUUGGCAUUGAAUUUUCGGGUUAAUGCUAUCAAAAUAAAGAUUAUGGGAAAUUUUCAAGAAUUGAGUAUCGUUGAAGUUAAGAGCAUACCAAAAUAAACUAAAAAUAAAGGUUCCGAUAGUUCAUAUGUUACCUAGUUUUCAACAUAUACAUAUAUAUAUAUACAGAAAAGUAUUUCAGUGUGUUAAGGAUAGUUUGCAAGUUGAUAUAAUCCAGCCCUCGCUGCACACUUUGAAGCAGCAGUGUUAACUUUUACUAGUAUUCUAGUUAGAAAACUUAUUUCGAAUUAAAACAUACGAUUCUGUUGUUCUUAUUUUGAAAAAUGUAAUUUGGAUGAUGACAUUUUGGAAAACAGAGUAUUCACGGGAAUAUUUCUGAAUAGAUCGAUGUUUGAGUUAUUUCAUAAUUAUCUCAUUUUUAACAUGUAAGGCUCUGUUCUUGGCAGCUGUAAAACAAAAAGACUUACAACUGUAAAACAAAAACCGUAAAAUUCUUUGCCAAAUGGUACAAUUAACAUCAUAGUAUAUACUUAAGUAAAUGUCCAGAACAUGAUGUGCCAAAAUCAGCUAUCGAUUUCUGAUAAAUUACUAAUUACAUAAAAAUUAUCAAUUCCUUUGAUGGUACACAGCAGGUAAAACUGCGAUUUAUCAGUAUUACCGAAAAGAAAACACAAUCUUCCUGGUUACUUUAUGGUAUGAUCUUUAGGGUUUAUAAAUUAAUGUUAAUUUUUACGUUUUUUUUCUGUAAUUGUUUUUAGUAUGAAAAUUAGAGAAGAAAAUGACAGGUGUAUGAAUUUAGGAGAGAGAGAGAAGAAUAAACGUAGAUUUUUAAGGAAAACCACAUAUUUUAAAUGAUUAUAUCUUAACAAUUACUAGACUAGGAGAAUAGAAUUUCACCAGAAGCACACUAAGAGUCAUUGGUGCUAUUCAGGAAAACUUGGAGAUGGAGAAGGAUGUUUCAAAACCAUCUACUACUUACCUGAAUCGCCUUUAUUACAAACUAGCAAAUAUUCUAAUUAUUUAUUUUUUGGGCCGGGCAUGGGCUAGUGAUUUGCGUCCCAUUGCCACAAAAUAAAACUGCGCUUCACACUUUGAGGACGUGGGCACGUUACAAGAGUGACGGUCAAUUCCCACUAUUUGAUUAGAGUAGCUCAAGAAAUGGUGAUUGGUGCUGUUGACUACAUGUCCUCACUCUACUGUAUUAAUUCAAAAUUAAGGACAGCUAGUGCAAAUAACGCUUGUGUAGCUUUGCGGAAAUAUCCGAAAAAAAAACAAAAACAAAUAUUUUCUUUCAAAAGUCGUCAAGAUUUGAAUAAGAUGCGUGUCAGUGUGAAGGUUUGUUUUGUUUUUGUUUUUUUUUAAUUUCGCGCAAAGCUACACGAGGGCUAUCUGCGCUAGCCGUCCUUAAU